AUGGCGUCCGAACGCUUUAGCGCAUGCGAACUGGUCGUUGAAGUAGCCAAAGAAGUGUAUGCUUUGGUGAUGGAGUGCGGUAUACGCCAGCGACAACGACUUGCGGGGGAAGUUGGGACGAGGCUGGGGCAGAUUGCUCAAGAGUCGUUCGCUGGUUACGAGCUUGACCAAGACGCUGAAGAUACAGCCGCAAAGCUUUUGCAUACACUACUUGAUAUCUGCAUGUUUCCAACUCCAGCAGGAAGUCAGAUAAUUCCUAGGCAGGACUAUAUGCAGAUUGUGGUGCUGUCAAGACCAGAUAAUAGAUCGCGACUGAAGAAAUGCAUAUCUAUGUCCUUCAUCACCGACAAGACUCUCCCAGUACAGGCUAAAGAGCAGUGCGACGCGUUUUUGGCCAAACUCAGCCAGGAUGAGCCAAAGAAAAAGACUGGCCUUGACCAGCUCACAACAGGAUCGGCGUUGCCAGAACCAGACGAUUACCCUCAGCAUGUCAGCCGAAAUCUCUUCGAGGCUCUUCGCCAGCAUGCAUUUUGCCAACACGCCGAAAUGACAAAAGACAAAUCUUGGCUGAGGAAAUCAAACAAGGCAAAGCCUCAUCAUCAUAAACUGGCUCAUCCGAUUAGACUCCACCUUGAUGCAACGCCGUAUAUACAGAGUAAACACGCGCAGUUCGAAGUAGUGAUAUCCUCUGAAAACAUGAGUUACUGGCAGCAUUUAUGGCUUGGUAUUCCUAUGCAAACAAAAGGCCGUCGAGGCGGUGUUACGUUCGCAAACGUUUCUAGUGACGAAGAUGGAGAGGACAAGGUUCCGAGUCUAAAGAGAAUUAACUCUGACUACUUCUGUCAAGUCUUAAAACAUCAAUUAUUCGCCAAAGUCAACCUCAACUUUGUCAAAGGUAUCGGCCUUGUAUCUUUACCGCCACCUGCACCUCUUGAGAGAUUCUUAUGCCCGGGCCAAGGGCUUCCACUAUCCUUGGCCAUCCAGAGCUACAAGCUUACAGAUAAGGAUAAGAUACUACUUGCUCAUGCCAUUGCACAUUCCUUCUGGCAGUUCUACGAAUCAGAUUUGAUGAAAAACCGCUGGACGAGCGAUGAUAUCUGGUUCAUGCAGGAGAUGGAUCACCAACACUUACCCAAAGAUCAGCUUGCUCUGCGGGUGUAUAUGCCACUUGACUUCGAAGAUGAGCAGAGAAACUCAGAAGAUGAAGACAAGUCAAUGUUGACGCACCCGUUCCCGCACAUUCUUGGCCUGGGACUGAUACUCCUACAAAUUGGGCUUGUAAAGCCUUUCAAGUCAAUGACGCACCUGCCAUUUAUCUCUCGACUGAACAGAGACCAUGGUGCCGCGAGGCAAUUAUUGGGUGAGCUAGAAAAGGCACAAUGGGCGAGGUCGACACACCGAGAUAUCUUUGCAAGAGCCGUUGCGAAUUGUCUGGAUCCCAGAACGUUCACAACUACUACCCCGAAACCGAAGGCAAUCAAGGGUUCUACAAAAGAUGGCCUUACCGUCAGCGCGUGCGAAGAUGGCAUAAGGCGAAAAGUCUAUACUGAGGUAGUCGAACCGCUGUCAAAACUCGUCAAUAUCGCCUUCAAAGCUGACGCAAAAUACGUAUCCUACUUGGCGAGAUGCAGAGAGGUCGAAAAUCAUAACAAGCUUCACUGUCAAGUCGCCUCUUUCCAUACGGGCAAGACAAUCGUUCCUGAAGAAUGGCUGGACAACUUGAAACAUAUCAGCAUGCACAUCAUGAAUCUACGGGAGGAAAAGCCGGAUCACGACUUCAAGCCUGUCAAGAUAGCGGUGUUAGAUACAGGAUGCGAUGCAGCCCUGCCAUUUAACAAGAUACCUAGAAGGAAGAAAUCCAUAAAAGCUUGGAAGGACUUCACGAGACCUGGGAGCGAAGACAAGCUUGAGCCAGACACAAUGAAAGAUGAAUAUGGCCAUGGCAGCCUGAUGACCCGACUCAUAAUGGAAGCUGCUCCGCUGGCUCACAUAUAUGUGGCCCGAGUUGCCAAGAAUACUAGGGACCUCGAGUUCAGCAGUAAUCAAAUAGCACAGGCAAUUCGGUGGGCCGGACUCGAAGCAGAAGCGGAUAUCAUCUCCAUGUCCUUCGGAUUCCCGCAUGACGACGAUGUCAUCUCUGCAGCUAUAGAAGACGUUGAGCGGAAUCGCGACAUCACAUUCUUAGCUAGCGCAGGAAACAGUGCGGCUUAUCAAAGAGAAGCUUUCCCCGCGAGACACAGAUCGGUCAUAUCGAUGAGAGCAACAGACUGCCAGGGAACCUUUAAUGCCAGUAAUCCUCCGAUCACAGAUCGAAGCACGGUCGCGCUCGUUUGGUUCCCAUAUAUGCCAUCCUGGGUCAUCGAUAGCGACAGCGGUGGCUGCUGGUAUAGCAGCGUCGACAAUAGCUUACGCAGAGGUUCUCUCGACAGUUCUUCCAAUACCUACGGAGCAAAGCCCGGUAAAGUGUUUGAAGAGAACUGA